AUGCCGGACGGACAGACAUGGUGGAUGCAAGAGCUGCAUUAUCUAGAAAAGCGUCUACUGGAAACCCAGGAACAUCUCCGGGCCGCAGCCGACGACGGGGCACAGUUUGGUGCUCAAAUGGCCGCUUUACUCCGAAGGGUGCCGAAGCAGAAGCAGCUUGGGCUGAGGGAAGGCGGCAUCACCGACGAGGACGUGGGGCAACUGGACUGUUGUACCAGGAAGAAUGGCGGGCGGGGGGAGGGUGGCCUCGUGGUUCAGCAGCAUGGAUCCAAAGACGCUCUUCCUGAACACUCCUCCGUCACUCUCUCGACCAUAUCCACCAUAGUGUCCCUGUACCUUGCGUCGCACGUGGCCACCAGAACAAUGGAAUUGCUUCCCUUGUAA